GCGGACACUUUUCCCGUCUUUGUCCUAGCUCGAAAGUCCAACUCCAUUUUUGACCUGCCAUGGUUGCUUCCUCCUCCAGGCUGUGUGUGCGGUUGUCUGGAUCUGUGCCCGAUGUUGGUGGCCCAAGGGGUGCUUGUGAAGAGUCUGGCAGCGGUAAGGGCCCCUCAGGCUGUUGCCGAGGGUGCAUCAGGUCUUGCCAAUGGGGUGGCAGUUGUUGUUGCCCUCUUAGCUGUUUUGGACGCUGUUCUUGGGGUUGCUGCAGCUGCCAGUGGUGCUGCUGUAGCUGGGACCGCAAUUGUUGUUAUUGGUGUAGUUACUGGUUCUGCUCUGACAGCAUGUGAAGUUGCUGAAGGUGCUGUUGUUGCUGUUGUUGCUGUUGUUGCUGUUGCUGCUAUUGCAGCUGAUGAUAUUGCUGUGACAAUAACAGUUGUUGCCCUGCCUGUUGCUCAAGGUUGUGCUGUUUUUGUAUGUGGAUUUGCGGCUGCAUCUGCUGUUGCUGUUGCAGCAGCAGCAGCAGCAGGUGGUGUUGGCUCUGGUCUUGCUGAAGAACCUGCUGCUGCUGGCAGUUUUGGGUGUGGUCUUCUUGCAACUGGCCCGAAUUUUGGUGCGGCUUAUGGAGCUGCAGGUGCUGUUGAGCCUGUUGUAGCUGCUGGUGUUGUUUUUGCAGCAGAAGGUGCUGCUGUUGCAGCUGCUGGCGCUGUGGAGAGAGGUCCUGCUGCGUCAGUAGCCAACCUGCUGCAUCUGGUCUUCAUGCUUCCGCUGCUGCUGCCGCUGGCACUGGUCUUCCUGCAUCUGCUGCAGCAGCAACUGACGCAUCUGGUCUUCCUGCAUCUGCAGCUGCUGCUGCAGCUGAUCCUCCUGCAUCUGCUGCUGCUGCUGCUGCAUCUGGUCCUGUUGGGACCCGUGUUGUUGCUGCAGACCCGGGUCUUGCAGCAGCAGUAACUGUUGUGGCUGGGGUCAUACCAUUCCCAGUGGGACCUGUGAACUAGGAAUAGCAGCAUUAUAAU